AUGAAGAUCUCCGCCAUCAUCGCCCUUUUCGCCAUCGUAGCCCUAGUCCAGGCUGCACCCGCCCCCAUCCCUGCAGGCAGCGGCAAGAAGAUCCACACCGAGGCUGCCGCCGCAUCGAUCGCCUCCUACCAGGACAAGGCCUCUGGCACCGCUCCCAUGGUCGCCUCUCACCACAAGGGAUCCAGCGAGGGGGUUGCUCCAAUGCGUCGCAAGCGUGGCCUCAUUAACACGGAUAUAAGCAGGAACAAGGUCUGCGUCAAGGCUCCCGUUAAGGUUGAUGCCCACAACGCCAAGGUUCUGUCGCCUUAA